AUGCGAUUCGAUUUGCCCCUGCAGCACGGCGUGCUGAUCCAGCGUUACAAGCGAUUUCUCGCCGACGUCGAGCUCGAAGACGGCUCGCGACUGACCGUCCACUGCCCGAACUCGGGCUCGAUGAAGGCUUGCUCCGAGCCUGGCCGGCCGGUGGUGAUUUCGGACUCCGGCAAUCCCAAGCGCAAGCUGCGCCACACCUUGGAGAUGAUCCGCAUGGGGCGCACUUGGCGCGGGCGGAUACCGGAACUGGCUGGCUAUGGCGAGCUGCGUCGCGAGGUGCCUUACGCCGGACGCAGUCGCAUCGACUUGCUGUUGCGCGAUCCAGCCGGUCAGCGGCCCGACGCCUACGUCGAGAUCAAGAACGCGACCUACCUCGACGGCGAGCAUGCCGCUUUUCCCGAUGCGGUGACCGAGCGUGGUCGCAAGCAUCUCGAGGACCUGGCCGAGAUGGUGAGCCAAGGUCACCGGUCGGUGAUCUUCUACUUCAUCGGCCGCGCCGACUGCCGGCGCAUGCGGCCGGCCGACGAGAUAGAUCCGGCUUACGGCGAGGAGCUGCGCCGGGCGGUCGGCGCUGGUGUCGAAGCGCUGGCCUACGGAUUUCGCUUCAGCCCGGGCCGUGGCAUCGAGCUCGUCGGCAGCUUGCCGGUCGACCUGUAG